AUGCCUUUGAUCGACAUCGAGCAUACCUUCUAUCUGAGGUUGCGUCAUGUGAUCAAGGCUCAUGCCAGGGUGAAGUUUUCUGUCUCUACUUCCCGUGCUUCAUUUCGCUCUUUACUUGAUAACCUCCGGCAUCUUUAUGCCCGUCUUGACCGUCUCAAUCCCGAGGACGUAGGAGGUUAUCGUAUUGAGUUACGAUUUCGCGUGCGACAGUGUUCUACUCCUUCGAUUAGCCAGGCUAUUCAAUGGCUUUUAAAUCGUAACAAGUUUAGUCUCGAUUCUUAUCCCGACCUUUCUUUUACGAUUGUCGAUUAUGAGGAUUACUUGAAUUUGGUCGAUUAUUCUUUACUUGUAGCAGAGAAACUAAAGUUGGCUGUCGGUGACAACAAUUCCAAGUUGCCGACAAGUCUUCACUAUUACUCUGCCUAUUUGAUCAAUUUAUUUGGCGAGACCAAUCCUCACGCUCAGCCUUUAUUUGAUAAAGGGAGAGAGGCUUUCUUGUAUUUCUCUCAACUCUACCGUCAACAGUUAGAGUUUGGGACUUUAAGGAGUUCUGUAGGUAGCAGUUCGGAAUUAGAGGCAGUGUCCGAUGAUAGUGUUCCCAUUCCGGAUCGUCAGGCGCGUCUUUUAGAACCGUCUGACGAGGACACCAGUUAUGGCGGUAUUCGCUUGACAGAUGAGUUAGUGCGACAGUUGUACAGGCAAGUUGCCUGGAGACGUCCUUUCUCUCGUAAGAAGGACAAGACUGGAACACUUUCUUACUCGGUCAAAAAGGGCUGCCUCCCUGCAGGCGCUAAAGCCCCUGGUACUUUCAACACCUACGCUUCUGCGAUGAAAGACAUCUUGUCUCAAUUCAAAGAAAGUUGGAUUACCAACGUAGUGUUGACUACAAGUACCGCUGCGAAACGUCAGGUCUUUCACGAUGUAGGCUUCGGUUUUAGCGCCAGCAUAUUGCAACCUUCUCAUGAAUACCGCAAUAUGCCCGCUAGAACUACCGCCUAUCUUCCGACCUACUGGAUAGAAAUCGACAAGUCUGGCCUCUUCUUGUGA